CUCUGCCCUAUGUCUGCCCAUGUUUAAAGAAUGAUAACGUACAUUUCGCGCUCGCGCGAAUUUCUCACAGUCAUAUUGUAAUUGUACGUUAAAAUAAGAUUAUUUUGUCUAAAUUAGUUACAAUGAGUUCAUCGGAAACGGAAAAUCAUGCAGUCAAAAUAGUUACCGCCGAUUACUAUUUGCACAAACCAAUAGCCAAGCUCGGCGAUCAAUGCUAUUCAGCUUUCAGAAGUUCACUAAUAUAUCGAGUUCCUGUCAUAAGAAUAUUUGGACCCACAUCUGAAGGUGUCAAAACUUGCCUCCACGUUCAUGGCGUGUUUCCAUACAUAUUCGUUCCAAACUGGAACAAUGAAAUUGCCCAGAAAGAAUUGUACAAUUUCGCUGCGAGUUUGGAUAAAGCUAUUAAUAUUUCGUUCGGUCAUGCUAAUUCGAAAUCAACUCAUGUUCAUAACAUUACUCAAGUCUCAGGAACACCUUUCUACGGGUAUCAUGAAAAUGAAAAGAAUUUCUUGAAAAUUGAAUUUUAUAAUCCUGCUAUAAUCAAGAAAGCUUCAGAUUUAUUAUUGAAUGGUGUAGUAUUGAAUACAAUAUUUCAACCUCACGAAUCUCAUAUACCGUAUAUUCUUCAGUUCUUUAUCGAUAAUAAUUUAUACGGUAUGAAUGAUAUAACAUUUUCUGGUUAUAAAUUCAGAAGAAAUGAUACCCAAGAAGUCGAUCUAAUGCUGGACGAAAGCGUUAUCGGUUCCAGCGAUAGAAUUUAUAAACAAAGCCAUUCUGCAUUGGAAAUCGAUAUAACUGUUUCGAAUUUAUGCAGCGUUUCGAGUAACGAAGGAAACAUUCCUAAUAAUCCUGGUCUAGCGUUUAUUUGGGAAGACGAAAAGAAACGUCGCAGAUUUAAUCAAAAGUCAUCUCAAAUCACACCGAAUGAAUCCCAACAAAGACCUGAAAAACCGGUCACACGAACUGAAAAAUAUUUCAAAGAUAAGUUAGCCGAAAAAUUACAAGCAAUUAAGGAUAAUCAAGCUUGUAUGGAUAUAGAAUACGACGAGACUCCGUCUUCGAGCACUGUCUACGGAGAACUGAACUCGCAAUCUAUCAGUUUAUUGGAAAUUUUACAAGAUCUCGCCGGUCAACAAGAGAAAAAUAAAGCUACCGGUUCCACAUCGGGCAGCCUGAGUCUUGUGUACUCCAACGAUGAAGACGAUUUGUUAGAUUGUUCCCAACCUUUGUUGAAACUCAACGCCGAAGACGAUAGCAUCCUAGGAAAUCGUUUCUCCGACGAUGAGAACGAUAUCGACGAUAACGAUCAUCAAGCUUUAUCGCAAACGAUCAGUUAUACCAGACAGCAACCCAUCGUGUUCAGUGACGAUUCCGAAACGGAGCUCGCCGGAGGAAUACCUCAACUGGACGGAGCUUACGAUACGAAAAACGUUAAGAAAUCCGCUUCUAAGAGAGCCAAAUCAUCGAAACCGUACCGAAAAGUAACUUAUAAUCUGAGAUCGAAACCUCAAACCGAAGACAAAAACGACCAAAGUGACAAUUUCCAGCCGAGAGAUUUCAAAAUAGUGCUAAGUAAGAUGGAAAGUCUAGCUAAAACUACUCCUAAAAAAACAACGUAUCCUCGUCUCAGCAUCGAUACUCAAAAAUCACCCAGAUCGAAUCAAUCCAAGUCCGAUUUCGUUCACUUAUGCCCCAAAGAACCGAUACUUCUGCUUCCUCGAUUGACAAAUCACUCAUCAGGCGAAUCGUUACCUUCCCAGAGUCGAACAGAAAACAUAAAUGUAUCAGCAUCUGCAAGCAGUCAACCUACGAAGGUAUCCGAAGCUGUUGCUAACAAUAGUAGCAUCUUGCUGAAAUCCAAUGGACCGAUACUUCUAUUGCCUCGUUUAACCGAUGAAUUAUCUGCUGAGUUUUUACCUUUGGCGUCGCGAUCGAGUAUCGAAAAUACGAAAUCGUCGUCAUCUUUAACGAAAACUUCACCUACCAAGGUAUCCAGAGCUGAUGAUAGUUUGUUACCGAAAAGUUCGCCUAAGAAAGCUUCUAGAAGUGAUGACAGUUUGUUGAUGAGAAGUUCAACUUUGAAAGUAACUAGAGUUGAUGACAGUUUGUUAGCAAAAAGUUCAUCUACGAAAGCAUCUAGAAGUGAUGACAGUUUGUUAACGAAAAGUUCAACUUUAAAAAUGGCCAGAGCCGAUGACAGUUUGUUACCGAAAAGUUUAUCUACGAUAGGAUCUAGAAGGAAUGACAGUUUGUUAACGAAAAGUUCAUCUACGAAAACAACCAGAGCUGAUAACAGCUCGUUACUGAAAAUUUCAUCUACGAAAUCAACCAGAGCCGAUGUUAGUUUCUUACCGAAAAGUCCAGCUACGAAAGCAACCAGAGCUGAUAACACUUUGUUACCGAAAAGUCCAUCGACCAAAUCAUCCAGAUCAGUCGACAGCAGUUUACUCGGCAGCGAUAAAAAAGUUUAUCCUCAGUUAAACAUCACCAUCAAGAAAUCACCGAAAUCAGCUCAAAAACCUACGAGUAUUUCAGACGAAGCAACUCGACCUUCGCGAGUAUCAACCAAUUUCCAAACGUUGAAAAAACGUAAAAUUAAUUUCGGCGACGACGAUAGCGAUUCGAGUAAAUCCAAGGAAACCAUGGAUGCGGAUUUAUUAAGCCCGAGAUGGAGAAAAUCACUCAAACGAAGGAAAAAAGACGACACAUCGUUCAAAAUUGGAGACUCGUUUUCGCUAUUAGAAUUUCAAAAACUCAGAAAGCCCCAAAGUACAGCCAAACGACCGGAAAAGUUGACCAGUCUCGAUGGUUCAACGAAUACUAGCGAAAUGGGCAGUCAGAAUUACAGCUUGCGUUUGAAUUCUGCCGAAUGUUCGAAUACCAGUCGUAAUACGUUGGAGAAAACGAAUCAGAUAGAUCAUUCGUCCGAAAUGGAGUCGUUGAAGAUUUCCGAUGACGAAGACGAAGCUAACGGAAAUAUUGAAAAGUCCAAUGUCGAAGAAGUCAUGUUGCAAGUAUCGAAAUUACCUUUGAUGGAAUGCGACGACGAAUCUUUACUAGCAGUACCGUUAGAAACAAUCGAAGAUGAUGAAAUGGAUCCUCUGGCAGAUCCUUCUGCGGAGGAGUCGUCAAAUUCGUCUAUUUUUAGAGUUCCUGUAUUGAAACUACCUCGUUUAUGUUCGACUAUGGUGAAUGAUUCGGUAUCUGCUUCGUUUUAUGAAAACAGUUCGAUCGAGUUGAAUAUUUCUGACUCGAUCGAUAGCAGGACCGCAUUUCAAUCGAAGCUGAACGAAAAUUCGAUUCCAACGACGUCGAAAUUCGAAGAAAAACAAACCACAGAUGCGCAGCAUGAAGUAAUGGGUUCGAAUAUGAUAUCCGGAGUAAAUGCAGCCCUGCCAAUGUCGAAAAUUAUCGAAGAAGUAGUUCGUAGUUCGAAAAAUGAACUUCUAAAUGUGGUAAAAUCGCAUCAAGGAACUGAAACCCCCAAAGUGGAGACAAAACUGCAAUCGGAUGAUAAACAAAUACGUUCGAGCGAAUCAAAUCCUAUCAAAGUUUCUAAAAAACCAGCGCAAAAAAAGAAAAGCCUCGGAAUGCGUAUGCGAAAUAGCAUCAAACAACCGAAGAACGUUUCAAAGUCGAACCAAAACACUUCCAAAGAUUUAAAACAAAACAAAGACGACGAAAGAUUCGUAGAAAAGUUACCAAUGACUCUAGUCGAUCAGGGAUUCGGUCACAGUGAAAGAUCGAGAUCACCGGAACUUUUUUCUGACAGUAAUAUCGAAUUGGAAAUCAUCCCAAGUGCUUCGCAGUUAUCGCCAAAGAAUCCGCAGAUAGAAUCGAGUACUUCGAAUGAGGAAAAUCCACCUUCGACAACGAAACAUCAAAAUACGUCGAAUUCUGCGAAUUCAAACCGUGCAAGUUGUUCGAAAACCAAAUCCAGUGGUUCAACCAAGUUGACUUCGCCUCCUUGUUUCGAAGAUAGCCAAAUAGAAUUGGAUAUUACCAAGUUUUGCUCUAAAUCAUUCGAAGAUUCGACUAAAGAAGGCGUCGAAGAUUCAGUCUCUGCGCAAAAUCUAAAUCUUGCAGUUUCAACGAUCGAUAACAGCGAACGAACGAAUGAAGCAUCGAUUCCAAAGUCAACGAAAGUAAACGAUACGAGUUGCGAGAAAACUAAAUCCAAAGGUUCAACCAAGUUGACAUCGCCUCCUUGUUUCGAAGAUAGUCAGAUAGAAUUAGAUAUUACCAAAUUCUGCACCAAUUCGUUCGAAGAUUCGACCAAAGAGAGUCUCGAAGCUCCUCGAAACCUCGCAGCUUCAACGAUCGAUAACAACGAACGACCGAACGAAGCAUUACCUUCUACUUCAAAUAUCAACAGUUCCUCUGCUAUUCGAGAACGAGAAACGUCACCGAAACAAACCCUCAAAGAGAAAGAACCACCGGUCUUAUCGCAAUCUAUUUUUAGCGAUGAAAUUCUCGUAGGUCCGACAGACGCCGCAGUCCCCGAUGAUAAUCUAAUCUGCAGCCAGGAAACUUUAUUCGAAGAAAAUCCUUAUAUGAAUGAAAAUCUGCCAUCUUCAGAGUUCAUUUUCGACGACCAAUCGUUCAUCUCAUCGAAUGCCAAGUUACCAGAAACGUUCAGCGAGGUCGAUUUAUUCGCCAGUCAAGAAACACCAUCUCAGCGAAACCUGAUGAAUGAGAAUGUAGUUCUGUCGCAGUCCCUACUUGGUGACGAUUAUCUCGAUAAAUCGAAUGAUUCGUUACAGAAUCGAUUGAUGGACGAUAACGAUACAUUUUUCAGUCAAAAUUGUUUACCAAAUUUGGAUAACAACGUCGAUGAAAAUUUUCAACUGUCUCUUUCGUUUUUUCAAGAUGAUGAUAUUCCAAUCGAACCGGCUCCUGAAUCAACCUCCCCGAAACCUAAUCCUUCUUCAAAUCUACAAUCAACGGUUGGUUCUGCCAUAUCCCAGAAUCUUAACACCGAAACCGAAAACGAUAAAGAUGAUUUGAAUACUUCUUGUAGCAACGAUUCACUGAUGAAUGUUCUCGAGAAUCUAACUCCGAGAACGAGAGAAGCUCUGAAUCGAAAAUUAGAUUCGUUCGAAGAUGAAAACUCAACCUCGGUGCUUUCUCAAGAACCACCUGAAUUCAUGCACGUUGAUUCUGAGAUAACCAGGGCACAAAAUAAACCAUCCGGUGCCCCGAAAGAUUCGGUUAUUUUGGCCGGAACUGAAAAUACCAAAAACCAGCAUCAAGAUCUCGCUGAACAAUCCUCGAGUGCUCAUUCUUCCAAUAUUUUCGGUAAAUCUUCUCACAAAUUCGACCUUUUUUCCUCCUCAACUAAACCCAACGAACCAACGAUUCACGAUCAAAUUCUAUUCGAAGAAGAUUCGUUCGAUUUAGCCAUGCCAGCUCCCUCUGUUCAACGUGAGAACGAACCUGAGAAGAAAACACCCACCUUGGAUAAGCUCAUUCUAAAUAACAGCUUUUGGGAUUCCGUCGAUAGCGACGAGUCAACGCAAGAAGAUAACGAGAUACAAAGUUUUUACCAUAAUCAAUCGAUAACUCCGGCUCAUAUCACCGUCAUUAGAGAUAUAGCCGAAAACGACGACUAUUCUCCCAUUGCGAAAUCACUCACUCCCGAAAGUCAAGCUAGUAACGAAAUUCUUAGCUUUUACGGUUCUCAAAGCCCAGAGAGUAUGAUUUGUUCUCUCAGCCAAUCUGUUCUCAAAGCACCGGAGGCUAAAUCUACUCCUAAUAACGAACCUUCUCAAGCUGAAAUCUCCAAUCGAAGAUCAUCCGGAUCAUCAUCGUCAGUUAUGCCUCGUACGAGUAGCACUCCAGCUGGGCCAUCGACUAAGAGAUCUCCUUCUCCUCUUCGCACUCCGGUUUUUAAAAAAUUAGCCUUCAAGAAAGGCAAAGAAAAAGAUAAACGUCGUAUUUCGUCUCAGCGUUUUCGAUCCGAGCCUUUUUUACCGGAAAUAGAAGAGGAAGAGGAAAGCAAAAAGAAAGAACCUGAUAAAAAUACCACCUUGAGUUUACCUCUGGAAUUAGAAUCCGAUACGUCGAAAAUCGACGCUAAUAAAUCGCUUCUCAACAACAGCAAAAUGUCAACUUGCAGCGGAGGAAGUUAUCAGAUCGAUGGACCAUCUCUCGAUAACACUUGUGGCUUUAAAAUGAACCUCGAAAAUUUACAAGAUAUAAAAACCGAUAAACAAUUCCAGUUUAUUACGCUUAUUUCGGUGGAAGUGUUUGCUGCGACUCGAGCGGAGUUGAAACCUGAUCCAGAACACGAUGCUAUUAUCUGCGUAUUUUACUCUAUUCAUCACGAUGCUCCUGGAUUCCCUGCUUUGAUCUCGGGAAUCAUCGUAGUGAGUGAAGAUCCACUACCUGCAGAUUUGAAUCGAUUCAAGUGCGAAAAAACAGUCGUGCCGAGCGAAGCCGAAUUAUUCAAUAGAUUCCUAGGUGUGAUCAGAAAGUGGGAUCCGGAUAUGUUCAUCGGAUACGAAGUCGAAAUGCUCUCGUGGGGAUUCCUCAUCCAACGAGGCCACUUCUUGGGUCGAAAUCUUAGUCAAGAAUUAUCACGUGUUCGAGAAACCAGACAAAAUGAACCGACUGAAAGACCUCCUUACGAAGAAGACGAAUACAGCAAUGAAAUAAAACUCACUGGACGUAUCGUACUCAAUGUUUGGCGUCUCAUGCGUCACGAGGUGAAUUUGCAGAGUUACACGUUCGAAAAUAUCAUAUUUCAUGUGCUGCAUCAGCGUGUUCCGAAACACAGCUUCAAGUUUUUAACCGAGUGGUGGAAUAAUUCGCUUAAGAGAUGGAUCGUCGUCGAUUAUUUCCUGCUUCGAGCCGAAAGCAAUAUCACCCUACUGGAGCAGUUAGAUUUCAUUUGCAGGACGAGCGAAUUGGCCAAAUUAUUUGGAAUACAAUUCUACGAAGUUCUAUCCAGAGGAUCUCAAUUUCGAGUCGAAUCAAUGAUGCUGAGAUUGGCCAAGACUCAGAAUUACGUUGCAGUAUCUCCCAGCGUCAAACAACGAGCUCAGAUGAGAGCUCCGGAGAGUCUUCCACUCAUUAUGGAACCUCAGUCGAAAUUUUAUACCGAUCCUGUAAUCGUAUUGGAUUUCCAGAGUUUAUACCCUUCGAUCAUCAUCGCCUAUAAUUACUGCUUCUCUACGUGUCUCGGAAGAAUCGACAGUCUCGGACAAAACGAACCAUUCCAUUUCGGAUGUAUCGAACACACAGUACCCAACGAACUGCUAAUGAAACUGGAAAACUCGCUGAAUAUAUCUCCAGCCGGAGUAGCUUUCGUCGAUGCUUCCAUCCGUAAAGGUACUCUGCCUUCUAUGCUCCAAGAAAUCCUCGAAACUCGUCUAAUGGUCAAAGCAUCGAUGAAAAUGAAUACAGGAGACAGCCUCCUCUCCCGAGUCCUACAUGCCAGACAACUAGGUCUCAAGUUGAUCGCCAAUGUCACUUAUGGAUACACUUCGGCCAAUUUUUCCGGCAGAAUGCCCUGCAUGGAGAUCGCCGAUAGUGUCGUUAGUAAAGGCAGAGAGACCCUGGAGAGGGCUAUUGAACUGGUCAAUUCGACUGCUAAAUGGGGCGCCAAAGUUGUAUACGGAGAUACAGAUUCGUUAUUUGUGUUAGUUCCCAAACGUACGAAAGAGGAAGCUUUCAAAAUCGGCGCAGAGAUUGCCGAAGCUGUUACUAAUCAGAAUCCCAAACCGGUUAAACUCAAGUUGGAAAAAGUCUAUACGAGUUGUAUUUUACAAACGAAAAAGAGAUACGUUGGGUAUAUGUACGAAAGCCCUAAUCAAGAGAAACCUACGUACGAUGCUAAAGGAAUCGAAACUGUUCGAAGAGAUGGUUGUCCUGCUGUGUCUAAGAUUUUGGAAAAAAGCUUGAAAUUAUUAUUCGAAACGAAAAACGUCAACACAGUCAAGCAAUACGUUCAACGUCAAUUCACCAAACUGAUCGCUGGUCGGAUUAGUAUUCAAGAACUCACUUUCGCCAGGGAAUAUCGAGGAAUGAACAGCUACAAACCGGCUGCUUGCGUACCUGCUUUGCAACUCGCCAAGGACGCGGUGUCAAAAGAUAGGAGAGCUGAGCCUCGAAUCAAAGAAAGAGUUCGUUACGUGAUCGUCACCGGUGCUCCGGGUGUUUCUUUGAUUAAACUGGUUUGUACUCCCGAAGCAUUUCUCGAUACGCCCGGAUCGUUGAUCAAUACCGAAUAUUACAUUACUCGAGCCAUUAUUCCAGCAUUGGCGAGAUGUUUUAAUCUGUUGAAUGUCAAUGUUCAAGCAUGGUAUACAGAGCUACCAAAAAAGCAACGAUUGAAUUUACCCAUCGAUUACGACCAACGUGAUAAGAAUUUCAAAAAGACAGUGAUCUCGGAUUAUUUUAACUCGUCUAAAUGUAUAAGUUGUUCGAAAGCUGUCGGAAGUAUCGUUUGUAAAGCGUGCGAACAUUUACCCCAAAGAUUAGCGUUGAUUUUAGGCAACAUGAGCAAUCGCUGGCAACGCAAACGUAAUUACGUGUCUAAGAUUUGUCGCUCGUGCUGCGGAAGAAACCAACCAAUCGAGUGUUCUUCGUUAGAUUGCCCCAUUUAUUACUUACUCCGGCAAACUGAUGAAGAUGCUAAGCAAGUUGGGUGCGCUGAGAACCUCAAACAAAAAUAUUUGUAUUUUUAAGAUUUCCGUUUUACCUUCUACGAUGGGUUUCCUAUUCUAAUUGUACUUGGAAGUUUUUUUAUUCUAGUUUUUUAUAUUGUGAUUUUUUUUUGCUUUUUUUACUACGUUUCAUUUAGUGAUUAGUGAUAACAGAUUCGUUGUUUUUUGCGCAUUAACUCAUAUUAUUAUGUUUGCGUAGGCGAUUCGGUAAAUUUUCAUGUCAUUCUGAUUGUGAUGGAUUGUUUGAUAUUCCUAUUUUGUAAUCGUUUUUUAUAUGGGUUAUUUUUUUCGUAUAAAAAUCACUGAUGAGUUGGGAA